AUGGAAGAUGAACGGCGGUUGUACCAGCUCAACGACGUUGAUCACGUAGCUGGAACCAUCAAUGAAGAUCCAACCCGAUAUAUUUAUAGCAUUCGUAGGCAACAGAAUAUACCGUUACAUGAUAGGAUCAUACCUUACUUGGAGAGGGCUGGGUUGUACCACCUGGCUAGGCUGAACACGCAUUGGUUCUGGUUGGAUGAGCCUCUGGUCAGCGCAUUUAUCGAGAGGUGGCGGCCUGAGACCCACACUUUCUAUAUGCCAUUCGUAGAGUGUACUAUCACGCUCCAGGAUGUGGCAUAUCAGCUGGGGCUGCCCGUGGAUGGCCAGGCUGUUUCUGCGUGCAUGACUGACUUCCACCUGCACAUCGAGGGGGCUAGACCGGCAUGGGAGUGGUUCCAGGAGUUAUUUGGUGAGCUUCCGCCACUGGAUAAGAGAAAGGUGUUACCGACUGAUGCUUCCGAGGAGACCGUGCGCAUAUAUGCAUGUGCAUAUAUUAUGAUGCUUCUGUUGACACAGCUGUUCUUGGACAAGAGUGGUAAUCGAGUCCACCUUCGCUGGUUGCCAUUUGCAGCGAGACUUGAUGACAUAGGCAGCUAUAGCUGGGGCGCAGCUGCGUUGGCCUAG